AUGCCCGUAAUCGAACAGAGGAAGCCUGGCGAUGGCGGCGAGGGGCAAUGGCUCACCUACACGUCCAGCGCCAGUCCAACGCCAGUGUGGACACCCACCACAAGCGAUUGGGUCGCUUCGAGUUACACGACACAGACCCAGAUCGGCUGGACCACGAGUUACACGACGACGACGGAUUGCGACUGCGCAUGGAAAUCGACCACAACGUGGUCCUCGUCCUCAUGGUGUCCUACGCCCAUCGUCGUUGUCACGCCAACACUCACAACCCAGAGUGUAAUCCCCGUCGUCACGACCAGCCCCGCCGCAGUCAUCGCGGUGAACCAUGGCAACAACGGCCUUUCCCCGGGCGCAGUCGGUGGGAUCAUUGUCGGCGCGUUCUUCGGGCUGCUCCUCCUGUUCCUCCUCCUCCUCUGCUUGUUGCGCGGCUUCCGUGGCGGCCGCCGGCGACGGUACGGCAGCGACACCUCGUCGUCAUCUUCAUCGGAUCGUCCGCGGCGCAAACCUCCAGUUGUCGUCAUAGACCCAUAUCCGCGCCGACCCGAGGCGAAUCUCACGUUCGUGGGCGGUGGGAAUUAUCCCGGUACGAGGGUCAUGGUCACGAAGACGCAGAAAACGUUCAUUCGGCCGCCGCCGACAAGACAAGUGCGCACGGUUAGGCAAUCAAAGAGGACGGAAAGAGUUGUGGUUGUCGAGGACGACUGA